AUGAGAAAGCUGGUAAGUGACAAUCCCAAAGAUUGGCAUAAAAAGAUUUAUGAAGCGUUGUGGGCUGACCGAACUUCACUGAAGCGGGCAAUAGGGAUGGUUCCUUUUGAAUUAGUAUAUGGAAUGGGGGCUCAAUUAUCACUUUCGUUGGAGCUAGCAGCAGCUAAAUUGCAAACAAUGAUUGAAGAUCAAUAUUUUAAGAUUUCUUUAGAGAAAAGUGUAAUGUACCUGACCAAAAUAGAGGAGGAAAGGAAUGAGCUAGUUUAUCAUAUCACAAAUCAUCAGGCUCGAGUUAAGAAGAUAUUUUAUCGCAAGACCAAACCUAGGAAAUUUGUGCAAGGAGACCUAGUUCUGCUAUGGGAUAAGAGAAGAGAACCAAAAUAA